AUGAUAAUUGACAGUGAAAGUACAAAAAACUAUGUUUCUGCACAAUUGGUUGAGAAGCUUGGUUUACCUGUUACUCUUCAUCCAAAACCGUAUUCAGUUGGUUGGAUAAAUAGCUCUUCCACUCAACAAAUCACUCAUCAAUUCUUAGCAAAGUUUUCUUUCCCUAGAUAUUCAGAUUAUGCUUUGUGUGAUGUUAUUAACAUGACUGCAGCAAGUUUAUUGUUGGGAAGACCAUGUCAGUAUGAUAUUCGUGCUGUUCAUAACUGCUAUGAGAGUACUUAUACCUUUGUUCAUGAAGGAUUUACCAAAGUUUUGUGGCCUUUACAAUCUUCUUCUUCAUUCAAAGAACCAGCAGACAAGAAGAAGACUGCAUUGGUAGCUAUAAUUGUUCAUUCUUUGAACACUCAUUCUUUGAGCUCUCAUGAAGUUGCUAAACCUAUGGUGGAGAUUCCAUACAAGGUACAACCUUUAUUGUCUUCUUUUUGUGACUUAUUUCCUGCUGAGUUACCUAAUGUUUUGCCUCCAUUAAGAGAUCUACAAUAUCAGAUAGACUUUAUACCUGGAACUUCUAUUCCUAAUCAACCUAAUUAUAGGUGA